AUGCCGUGUGGUAAUUGCUGUAGAACACAGGCCGAUUGUGUCAUCGACGAACAUAGUGAUAACCGGCGCCGUUCUACACUGAAGCGCAAACUAGAUAGCCUCGAGGAUGACCGGGAGCUCCUAAUACGGCUGGUGGAGACCCUACGCGAUAGUGGCGACACUCGCAUCUCCGCGCUUCUGAACCUGAUCCGUAGUAACGCCUCUCUAACCGAGCUCAAGUCCUAUAUCAACGAGCAACUAUGCAGACCACAGUCGCCUGAACUCGCCAAGGCCCAUGAUGAAAUUAGUCGGCUACAUGAGGCCACUUCCCAGACUUGUCGGAGUGUUCUCGAUGUCAAGCGACUCUGCGAUCAGCCUGUUUUCCGAGUCCCGGCAAAACCGUGGACGACCGUCACAGAUGACGAUGGUUUGGUAUCGCAUCUCAUAUCGUUGUAUUUCACAUGGUAUCAUCCAUGCUUUCCUUGGAUGGACCGAGACAUCUUCAUUAGGGACAUGAAGGGUGGGAACGUGAAAUCUCAAUUUUGCUCGCCAUUUCUCGUUAAUGCUAUUUUGGCCGCUGGAUGCCCUUACUCUGAUUAUGCGGAAGCAUACACCGAUCCGGACGACUCGGGCACGGCAGGAGUUCACUUCUACAACGAAGCGAAGAAAUGCCUCGAGAUGGAAGAGGGACAUAUGAGCAUCGCUACAGUACAAGGGCUAGAAGUGCUUUCAAUGUGGUGA